AUGAACAAACGUACAUAUUCUUCAAUUAAAAGCGAUGCUAUUUCUCGCGCCUUUUUCGAGGCUAAAGUGGGAAGAAGCUAUGAUAAUAAUCGAAUAAAGUUUUUGUCCCCUAGGGCAAAUAAAGGAUUUUGUCAAGCUUUUGAUACUAUUACUGAUAAGACGUGUGGUUCGGGGUGCCGGGUAAAGUCAUAUAUGACUUACCCAGUAUGCAACAAGCAUGACAAACCCAAGUUUGUCGCUGCAAUUCACGCCAAAGAAUAUUUAAAAUCCAUUCCUAUAUACUCAUCUUUAACCGACGAAUUCAUGAAUAAUUUGGCCACUUAUUUUACCGAACGUAGUCUCGAUCUUAAGCGCCCUGUUGAAGGAGGCAUGUUUUACGUCAUGCACAGAAUUGAUAUUCAAAAUCAUCCGGAACUUUAUAAAAUUGGUCUUGAUAUUAGUAAUGAAAAUUGUGACUUCGAAGAUCGUAUAUCGCAACAUGAAGAAGGCCCUUGUAACGCGAUUUUCGCAGAAGGCUAUGUUACUCCUACCCAUUCUGAUUGCCGUUUAAUUGAUGGAUUAAUCAGAAAACUAUUGGCUGGAUCGCGAGUUGAAUUUAAAUGCAAUUGUAGUAGCAAUCAUAUCGAGUAUUAUAACGAUACGGCAUUAUCGAUCUUUGAAUGUGUUGAAUACUGGAUUUAUAAUAAUCCAACGUGUCCAAUAACUGACAAGAUCCAGAAUUUAAUUUCCUUUUCACACUCUUCUUAG